UGAACUAUUGGUCGACGUACAUUUGGACGCAAAAUACGUCAGCAAACAUGGCGGCGGUGUAAAGAAGGAGGGUUCUGGAGCCAUGUGAAAUUUGUCAGUGCAAAAACGAGGUAGAGACGGCGAGUGUUUGCAGUUUGGACUCAGGAUUGGAGUUGUUCAGACAUGGCAGACGUACAGAACAAAAAAAAGGAGGUGCAGAAAGCACCAAAAAAAAAGGCAAAAAAGAAGAAACCUGCACAACCCCUUCAAAAUGCGAAGACAAACUACUGCAUUGUAUGUCGUGACACAUAUUUAAAAAAUGAAGCACAUGAUCAUAUGCAGAGCAUGCAUCAUCACAAUGAGCUGGAGAAGGUGUUGGGCAAGGAUGCCUUUCACAAUUGCCAGGCAUGCAAGAUACAUUCAUUGGGUUUGAACGAAUACGGCACUCAUAUCCUAACAUCUCAGCACCAAACUCGGUUUAAGAACCUGAAGAGCAAAAAUGUUAAGCCUGUCUCUCUGGUCAAGACUCUCAGCUCAGCUACUAUAAAGAGCAUCCUGGCAAGAAACAAGGCACUGAGGAACCAGAAAAAGAAGGAAGAGAAGAAGACUAGAAAGAAACAGAAGCAGGAAACCGGGAAUAGGUGUGCAAAGACACAACAAUCUGGUGUUCAAAGCAAAAGUUUGGACUCCAACGGAACGAUACAACCCAACCAAAUGCAAAUGAGAACUCCAAAUCAGUGGCAGCAACCACGCUUCCCAGGAAGCAACUAUGGUGUCAUUCAAAAUAAGGAGAACAAAAUGUUCCUCAUGGAGAAACCGCCUCUAUACAGACCAUUUCCUGAUCAGAACUGGAGGCCACCUUAUCUGCCAAGCACUCCUGUUCAUCAACCUUUUCAUCACCAAUAUGGCUGGCAUGAGGACCACCAAUGGCAUAAUGGUUACUUUGCCAACAACCAGUAUUACCAAGGGAAAAUGAACAGGUUCCAAUCUAGUCCAUAUAGCUACCCUAGUACUCCAGCUGGCCCGUCGAAACAAAUGAUGCCCACAGUGAGCCAGAGCAACUUUAACCAGCAGAAACCGACGGGACAAUGUUCCAUCCCCAGCAGGCCGCUCCCUUAUGAUGGGGCCAACUUGCUUGAUCACAACAAAUCAGAGAAGGGGAAUUCCACUCAACCAAAACAUGCGAAAACCGACUCAGUUCGGCCAGAAAGUUCAAACAGUUCGGCUCCGGGGCAUUCCGAAAACAAAUCCGGCAGUCAGGCUCCUAUGGGGGACGUUGGUGUUGGCUUCACGCUGAAGCAAAUCAGGAGAGCACUGGGCGUCAGGGAGCCAUGCAGGGCGGAUCGAGAAGCUCGGCGGCAGAACGGGAACGACCACACUGAGGAUCGCUGCGCAGAGAAGCAAGAUGGUGCAGACCAGCAGGCAGAAACUCCGGCUAAGACUGAGCUGGCCAGCACCCAUGCUACUGCUGCUAAUGCUGGUGCUUUUCCUUCCACUAUCACUCCCCCAAAGCAGAAACAGACAACUUCCAAAAAAAGACAAAAACCCAACCAAACACUGAGUCCUCAACUAAACGACAAUGAAGCAAAGUCUCAGGAGGCCAGCAAUGCUUCGACCUCCGUGAUGCCCGCUGAGCUCAAUUUUACAAAAUCUCCUAAAGUCCGGGUUGCCCACAAAUCCAGUACGGCUAAAGCAGCGAAAGAGAUCAUUCGUAAACCAAUCCUGGACAAGCUGCUUCACCUAUCCAGAGCCAAGAGCAGGUUGAACUGGGAUGAGAGGUACAGCGAUAUGAAAAGGAAAAGCUUAAAAGGCAUGCCGCGGUUCGGAAUCAAGUUUGGAACCCAGCCGACUGACGUUGAAUGCCCUCUGCAAGAAGGUGACCUGCCUCUAUCUGAGGGUUUCCAUUGGGAAUCAUUUCCAGACAGCCUUUUAGUCCCGUCUUCUGCUGUGCCCUGUUCACAAGGCAAUCGGCUUGAAACGCAGUCAGAGUCCCAGACACGGGACUCUUCAGAGCAACCCGACGUCCCCCAGGCAAGCUACAGCAGCAAGACGGCAAAAAUGGUUUCUGUGAAAGUAGAACCAAAACUGGAGGAUGAGAACGAAGAAGUGAGCAGAAAGAGGACUAUCAGUAUGGUGGAAGAAGAUGGCCUUUCUGACAGACCAAACUGUAAAAAGAAGAAAACAAAAUCAAGAAAGGAUAAUUUAGACCAGAGUCAGAUGGACCAGCUACUGGCUGUCUCGCUCAGGGAGGACGAGCUGAGCCACUCGCUGCAGGAUCUAGACCAAUCUAUGAUCCAGGCGCGCAAUGCGCUGCAAACGGCGUACGCAGAGGUCCAAAGACUGCUGCUUCUGAAACAACAGAUUACAACUGAGGUCAACAACCUGAGAACAAAACGCAUUGAGAUCCUGCAAGGAAUGCAAGAAGGAUACUCUGGAGCCACCAUCAUCUCACCUGGUCCUGCAUCCACCAUGCCAUCAACUUCCUUUCCUUCCUCACUGAACCUGCAGCAGCGUGGAGCAACCCGGGCCUCUUCAAUGACUCUACCGCAGACGGCUCCCCUCACCUGUCCGGCUGGGUCGCUGAAGCAAGAGGUGGCUCAUGUAGUUGCAGCGGGACAGACGAGUCAGCUGUUCAUACCCUCUGCUCUGCAACCCACCAUUCCAGAGGUCCCCACUUCACCUCACGGACCUCCUCCUGAAUCCUUUGCCAGGCAGCAAGAGCAGGAGCCGAGGGACAGGUUGACGUGUGUAAAGACCAAGGUUUCGGAAAAACAAAUACAAUCUUCGGAUGUUGUGGAAGGAGCAGAAGAAAAUCAAAGCACAGAACAGGAUAUAGGAGAACGUCCUGGAAAAGAGCAGGAAAAAGUGUUACUCAUGGACGAUGAGGUUGAUGAGGGCAACGAGAGCGACGACUCAGUGGAGGUGGUAAAUGCCUCCAAACUGGAUGUCAUACACAUUGAGGAAUCAGAAUGUGAGGACUCAACAGAGACAGUUUCUCCAGAGCAGCCCGAAGAUCCCCAGAAGUCUGUGAGCGUGGAGCUGAACUGUGUGAGCACGCAAACGUUUCAGCAAUGUGAAACAGAGAGGAAAUCUGUGCCUGCAGUUAAACAGAAAAAAGAUGUCAGUCAGCCUGCAGAGUCUGUGGAAGAAGAGGAUCCUUAUUUAGGGGACUUUUUGAGUCAUUCCGGCCCCGUCCACGGCCUUCAGAUCCACAGCGGACAGCUAUACACGUGCUCAGGAGAUAACACGGCCCGGGCCUACAGCCUGCUGACCAGAGAGUGUGAAGCGGUGUUUCAGGGUCACACAAACAAAGUGAACUGUCUGCUGGUGUCGUCUCUACCGAACAUGCCUGCACGCCUCUACACCGGAUCCAGUGACCAAACUAUUCGCUGUUACAGCAUAAAGUCUAAAAAGUGCCUUGACCAGAUCACUCUACCAGACAGAGUGCUGUGUUUGCACAUCGCCUGGAAUAUUCUGUAUGUUGGGCUCGCCAGCGGAUGUGUCAUCAGCUAUGACCUGAAGAUGCUGAAGGAACUGGACAUGCUGGAGUGCCACGGCCCACGCGGCGUGAGCUGCCUCGGCACGUCUCAGGAGGGCGCGCGGCGCCUGCUGCUGGUCGGGUCGUACGACAGCACCAUCAGCGUCCGCGACGCCAAGAGCGGCCUGCUGCUGCGGACGCUGGAGGGUCACACCAAGACUGUGCUUUGUAUGAAGGUGGUGAAUGAUCUGGUUUUUAGUGGUUCCAGUGACACAUCUGUCCACGCCCACAACAUCCACACGGGGGAGUUGGUUCGGAUCUACAAGGGUCACGGUCACGCCGUCACAUCCAUCGUCAUUCUGGGGAAAGUGAUGGUGACGGCCUGCCUGGAUAAAUUAGUUCGUGUUUAUGAGCUGCAGUCCCAUGAUCGUCUGCAAGUCUACGGGGGUCACAGUGACAUGGUGAUGUGCAUGGCUGUGCACAAGAGUGUGAUCUACACAGGCUGCUAUGACGGCAGCGUUCAAGCUGUAAAACUCAACUUACUGAAAAACUACCGCUGCUGGUGGCAGAGUUGCUCCCUGAUUUUUGGCAUUCAGGAGCAUCUCUUUCAGCACCUCAUCCAAGACCACAGCAACUCCAAUAUGCAGACGGUCAAAUGUCGCUGGAAGGAGUGCAACCAUUUUUUCAGCACACAGCAGUCAGUCAGACAGGAACUGCCCGAACACCUGCAGAAUCACAUUGAGAGUGACGGCAAGCUUCAGCCUUGACAGGAGGGGAGUUGAAGCUAUGCAGAAGACGAUGCAAAGAAUCUGUGCGUUUUGCUCUUUUCUUUGUAGAAACACAUCUGAUACCGAUAUUCUGGAAUAAAUUCGGGGUUUAAAUCAUCA